AUGGCGACGUUCAACACCACCAGCUCCUAUAAUAGGACCUAUGAGAAGAAGGUGGUCGAGGAGGGAUCUCCAAACAUUCGUGUCACCACUCAGACGCACACGGCUCUUCCAGGAAUUCCAGACAUUGGAAACAUCCACUCAUCGAUGUUGUCCAACUUUCCGAAUCUCGCAAUUUCCAGCCCAUCCGUCGUUGGAACUCAGACCGGCAACAUCACAUCGAUCCGCGUCACCAACACCAGCUUCCAUGCGGUUUUGGACGUCUCCAAGUAUGACGCCGACUCGUUGAAGGUUACUGUAAUCGAUCAAUCGAUAAUCGUCGAAGGAUCGCACGGAGAGAAGGAGGACACCUACGGUACCAUCGAAUCGACAUUCAAACGUCGUUUCCCGUUGCCAAAGGCGGUGCCACCAGAGAGUGUUCAAUCACAACUCACCGCCGACGGACACUUGACCAUCGACGCGAAGGCUCCGGAGCCAAAACAGGAGGGAGCACGUCCCAUUCAGAUUAAGGUCAUCAAUACUGGAGCAGGAGCAGGAGCAGAGCAGCAUAAGCAAUAA